AUGUCUUUUAAAGCAACAAUCAAUGAUAAUAAUAAUCAGCUAAUAUGGGGGAAAUCAUUGAGUACACUCUCGCAAAUUAACGUGGAUGUUUUUGUCACAAUUACCAAAAAUGGGAUAAUAUUAUCUUCAAUGAAUAAUACAGAUACAACGAUGGCGAAGGUAAGAUUUCCCAAAGACUUCUUCACAGAAUUUUUCUUUGACCCUAAAAAGAUUGUAUUUGGAGAGGCAGGAGUACAGCAAAUCUAUGAUUGUAGUGAUCAAUUACACACAAUAUACAGUUUCAAGAUUAACGGGAAAUACCUCUCAUUAUUGUCUUUGAAACAAGAAGAUCAGAUUAAAGAAUAUGUUUUAUCAAUUGAUAACUCAGAUGGAUGUUCUGAAUCGUUAGCAAAUAAGUUGAUACUCAAGAUGAGAACCAAUUCUUUGCUUAAUAAGGAAUAUCAAGUUAUUUUUGAUCCAUUGGAGAGUAUCCAGAUCAUAUUGAGUUUGAAGUACAAGCAGAAGUUUCUUUCGGUUUACAAUAAUUCUAAAGAGACCAAAUCUGUGGAUCCGCGUUUAAUGGAAUAUUUCAAGACUCUUCAAAAUGAACUACAGGAAGAUAUGUUUAAUAAGGGUAUUGCAAAUGAGCAUAAUAUUGUAACUACAGUUAAAAAUACGCCAUUGACCAUAAGUGAUGAAAUAAACUUUCUUAGUUUUGAUCAAUCAAUUCUUAAGAACUUUGUUGAGUCCAUCAUGUCAAAUGUUAUAGAAGAGAUUAAGUUAGAGCUCACCCGUAAUUCUUUGAACAUUAUAGGAUUUACAAAAGCUAUUUAUAAUAUGAAAAGCGAAGGAUACUUGAAACAAGCGGUUACUGUAACAAAUACGUGUAGUGCCCAUGAUCUUGAGCAUUACUGCAUAUUCUCUAUUGAGAACAAAGAAAAUGGAAGCCGACCAUCUAGUAGGUCAUCUAACUUGAAGAAGAGCAUCACGUUCAAACUACGAGAUUUCAAAAUAUUCCUGAACGGAUUGAAUUGUUGGAAAACUAACGAUAUGAUUCGCAUUUGGUUUUGUCAACCAGGAGAUCCAAUCUUAUUUGAAAUCAUCAAGGAUGGUGUGAUAUUAGAGUUAGUUCAGGUAACUGACACGGAUGGAAGAGUGGAAGAUUCAACGCCACAAGAAACGCCUACCCCUACACAUACUAGCGUAUCGCCGGAGAAACAUAUUUCCCCAAUAAAAAAAGAUAAUCUAGUGAAACUAGAAAAGCUAAAUAAGCCAUUGACUAGACAGCCAAUAUACCCGCAUGCGAAGAGAUCACUAUUUGUACAGGAUUUGGACAAUGAUGAUGAAGCCGAGGAUGAAGCUGAGGGGCACGAGAAAAAAUUUAAAUUCAAGCGAUGGAGUAACCAGCAGAAAACACCGGAACCGGACUCAAACACAGAGUCUCAAUCAUCGGAAUCUACCAGCAAUACCCACCAAAGUGAACCCGCGAAGAGAAUGCGAACCACAGUAGAGUGGGCUGGAACCUAUGAUAAGGAUAUUGCUGAGAGAAAGGGCUCUUACAUAAAACAGAUAGACAAAGCGGCAUAUCUAGCAGGUCUUAAGAGACAGGCUCUUGAAGAACCAAGAAAACAAACAGAAGACGCACUGGAACUGGAGAACGAAGAAAUGGGUCCUACCCAAGUAGAUCAACCCAAAGGCUUGUUUGACGACUAA